UGCUCUCACACAAAAAUGACCCACCCACCUCCAUUCCCUCACCACCACCCAUCUGACGGCUCAUUGGCUGCCUGUGCAAUUUCCCCUCCGAAGGCACUGGAUCCAGUUUCUAGCCUGGAGUUGAAAGAAACAUUUCUCACAGUCAGGAUCUGGACGCAGACUUCCAAGGUCUGGAUCACAAUGUCGUCAUUCCACAUCUACUUCUUUGUCAUCUUCUUAAUGCUUGCUGGUGUGUCCUAUCAUAUUGAGGAUAAUCAGAUUCCCAGCCUAUGCUCUGGCCAGCCAGGUAUGCCAGGAUCCCCAGGCAUACAUGGAAGUCCAGGCUUACCAGGCAGGGAUGGAAGAGAUGGUCGUGAUGCUGCCCCGGGAGAAAAAGGAGAAAAAGGGCAAACUGGAGAAUCUGGAAUGUCUGGUGAGAGGGGAGACCGUGGUGACCAAGGUUUGCCUGGAGAAAAGGGCGAGAAAGGAGAAGCUGGUGAGUGUGCUGUUGCUCCAAAGUCCGCCUUCAGUGCCAAGCUCUCAGAAAACCGGAGUCUGCCUCCCAGUGCAAACGAAGCUGUGCGCUUUGAUGUAGUCCUGCUCAAUGAGCAGGGGCACUAUGAUGCGGAGACAGGCCGUUUUACUUGCAGGGUGCCAGGUGUCUACUACUUUGCUAUCCAUGCCACUGUGUAUCGUGCCAGCCUGCAGUUUGAUAUCCUGAAGAACAGCCAGAUAGUGGCCUCCUACUUCCAGUUCUAUGGCAAUUGGCCCAAGCCAAGCUCCCUCAGUGGAGGCUCCCUGUUGCAUCUGGUGCCGGGGGACCAGGUCUGGGUUCAAGUGGGUCUCUCUGAGUACAGUGGCUUCUACUCCAGCCAAAAGACAGACAGCACAUUCAGUGGCUUCUUGGUCUAUUCUGACUGGAAGAACUCAGCCGUGUUUGCCUAGAGGAUCCCAGCACUGACCAGCAAUGGCCAGCUAGCCAGAAUGGUCCAGCUCCAGAAAAUGCCUCCCUCAGCAUCAAGCAAAGUAAGACAAAACUAAGCACAAGGUCAUGGACAGCCAGACAGCAGACUGUCAGCAACCGUGCAUCUCUCCAGGUGGGAGAUACCAUGGGAGUCCCUUCUUUACCAAAUUAAAUUCCCAUCAAGAAAAUAUAAACAGGAGGCAAAACCUGACCAUAUCAGGAAGAUAUCAUCAGGAUUAACAACCCGCCUAUAUCUAUGAAAAGGCAAUGAAGGAGGAGGAAGCCAGCCUUUUCUAGAAAAAUAUAUUUGAGGAACUUAAAGCCAGCCUAGAAAAGGUAAUUUAAAAACAGAGGCAGGAGUUGGAUGUACCAGAAAGGAUAAUUAACAAGUGAUCUCUAACCCAACCUCAAGAAAUUAAAUCGGAAGUAAAUAAAUAAUUAAAUAAUCAAAAGUUGGAACACAACGUCUAGAAAAGAUAAUCAAGAAAGACCUACCCCAUCUAGAAAAGACUAUCAAGAGUUAGCUAUGAACAUUAUCUAAUAAAGAGAAGAAGACACAACACCAAUUAAAAGUACUAACCAGGAAUUGCAACCUCAACUAUAAAAGAUAAUUCAGAUAUUGAGUAUACCAAAAUAAACCAAUAAGUAAACUCAUCUAGAAGAGACAGUUAUAAAGGGCAGCACCACCUUCUCGAGAGGUAAUCAAGAUAGUGAAAACAUCAUCUUGUCUAGUGAAGAUGACCAAGAUAGUAAAAUCUAACCCUAUAUUAAAAAAGCAAUCAGUACAGGGAAAAAAUAGUCUAGAGCAGAACCCAACUCCUGAGGGAGGCAAUCAAGAAGAAGAAAUACACAUCACCUAAACAAGAUUAUCAGGUGGCAAUCUCCAUCCUGUGGUAAUAUUAUAUAGAUGAGGUUUAAUCUACAAAAACUAUCAAGGAAAUUAACUUCCAUACUCUCUAGAUCAGGUAGUCAGAAGAGGUAACCCAUUAUCCUUGAUCCAACUGAGAAGAUUUUCUCUGAAAAAAAAGGAUGGAAAUUGAAGUGAAUUAUACUCAAGACAUGGAAGCUAACCCAGAAGUCUAUUCCCCUUUUCCUCAUUAAUAAAUUUGGUCAAAAUGCAAGCAGUUCAGCUUCUUGAAACCACAAUCUGAUUUCCCAGUGAUAUGUAGCAACAGUGAUGAGGAAAACGUCUGUGCUGUAUACCUGUAAGAAUCAAAGGGCAAACCAUUUGGUCCUGAAGAACUCAGCUUAACCUACAAUAGGCUCCUGAAGCUGUUGCUUGCAGAGCCACAGUGUCCCCUUGAGGUGACUCUGUUUAAUACUUUCUAACCUGCAUCAUUAAAUGUUGGCUGCACAUCUCAAGGACUUGGCCGGUGUUUUAUAGUUGAUAAAUUUACUCAAGGGAAGCUGCUAAUAAAGUAUAUAUUGGGUGUUAAAGAA